CGCAGUGAGCAGCAGUCGACAUUGGAGUCCAGUGAUGUCAUAAUGAUGUCAAUGCCCCUAAUUGUAAGUUCCACAACCCUGCCGCCGCUGACUGUGGUAAUAUUUUAGUCAGAGUGAAGACGCGGGAAGGGACACGAUCUCUUGAAAAUCCUGGGAGUAAAAAAGUAUGGCUGUUACUGGGGAUGAAACAGAAACAGGCUCCACAGGUGAACUCACGGGCACCAGCUCCAUCCACCCGCUGGCUGUGGCACAAAGCAGCAGUCACAGCCACCAGAGACCUUUUGAGGAUGUGACACAGAAGAGGGAACAGCGCUUGAUGAAGAAUAGGGAAGCCGCCCGGGAGUGUCGACGGAAGAAGAAAGAGUAUGUUAAAUGUCUGGAAAAUCGGGUGGCGGUGCUUGAAAAUCAAAACAAGACUCUGAUCGAGGAGCUUCGGGCCAUGAAAGAAAUCUACAGACACAAAGUUGAUUGAUUGAAAAGGAGAAAGGACAAAUACCCGCAAAACUUUCGGUAAAGCAUUUCGUCUGCAAAUCCCUGUUGUUACAUAUUUGUGAUUUCAGACUCAUGCCAACAUCAGUAAACAACUACAUUCUGGUUCAAAUCAGUCUUCAAGAUCAUGAGUUGGAAACAGGAGGAAAAAAUGAAGCACACAAAGAUGCAAGUAAGACAAAACCAGGGGUUGUUGAUGAAUUUUUUUUUGGAGGUUUUUUUUUUCAUCCAAAUGUAAUUUAGAUUCAUGUGAUAUUUUGUGAUUGGCAAACUCAAAUUGCUAACUAGCAAGAAAGUUCAAAUUUUACAUAGCACAUAUGUGCAAAUGUUAAAUUAUGGCAGUUACUGGUACGGUUAUUCUUUUCCUAUAGAAAAGUACAUGUUUGCAAAUGUCUUGUUUUGAUUAAACACAUAAA